CAUGACGCGCAACGGAGCAUUUCCAUGGUUAUCAUCGUCAUCCUUUUCGUGUUUCUUGUUUCUCCUUUUUUCAACAUUACCAUCUCAUCAAGAGGAUCGUGCCUCGGUUACUUUUGAUUUAAGUCCCAUAUUAUUUGGAUCUUUGGUGAAAGAUUCGAAAUCACAUGAGUCAAAAGAUAAUAAAUUGCCAGGGUGCAUUGAAUGUGGAGAAUACAGAUGUCCGGAGAAUCCGUCAAAGUGUCUCUUGGGAUCCGUAUCGGAUCCUUGCGGUUGCUGCAAGGCAGGUAUAUGUGCACGUCUUGGUGGUGAACCUUGUUGGAAUUCAAGUAUAACGGAACCAUACGCUAAUAGUCGUAAAGAUGGUUUCUGUGCGAGAAAUUAUUUUUGCCAAUUACGUACUGAUCUUCAAAAAGAGGACGUAGCGGAAACGAUCUGUAUCUGCAUGGAACAGACACCGGCAUGCGGUAGCGACCAAGUGACUUACGAAACGCCAUGCGCUCUUCACGAGAAAGCUAUGAGGCUGAAAAGUCAUUUAUCUUUGAAAUUACAACAGCUUGGUCCUUGCCCAACUCGACCAUGGAUCGUUUCUUACUCGGAACAUGUCGUUUCGAAUAUUGGCCAGCUUGUUCUCCUUUCUUGCGAGACUAAAGGUUUCCCUGUACCUGAUAUCUUUUGGGAAUUUCAUUCUCCGGAUGGAAAGAAAGUUUUAAAACUUCAAACAAAUGAGGAAUACAUAAUCAGCGUAGAAAAAAAUAUCGAUCCAAAAUCUUGGACAAAAACGUCAUGGCUACAACUACCACGACUAACUAAAGAUCAUGUUGGAACUUACCAUUGCAUUGCCAAUAAUUCGAUAGGAGAAGCAGGAGCAGCUUCCUUCGUAUCGAUUGUUUAAAUUCCUGAUUACGUUCCGUAGAAAACGUGAGUUCGAUUGUGGUGGAAAAUGGAAACUGGAUUAGAACGGAAUUAAAGGGAAGAAGAGGAAACAUUAAUCAUCCUCAUCUAGAAGAAAUUGUUAUCAUCGUAAUAAUUAUUUCUUCUUCUUCUUCUUUUUCUUCUUCGGUCGUAUAAAUGGUUGAAUGAAAUUUUUUUAUAAAAAGAAUAUGAAAUAAUCCUUCAUAUUACUUUACACAUUUACACCACAACAAAAUGUCGCAUUUUAUAUAACCCGG